UCAUGUGAGUGGACGGUCGGGAAGAAGACCUUAUUUAAAAUCUCCCAGUCAGGAAGCCAAACCUGGCAACCGCAAAUAUUCCUACACAUGUAUUUUAUUUGUCUGUUUUCUCUUUUUUUUUUUUUCAUUUCUGUAAUUUUUCGCUAUCUUUUCUUCGUUUCAUCAUGUCACUCCUCGCUAUUCCCGACUCUUCAUUCAGUUUCUGCCAUUCUCCUCUGUCAAGUUCCAUGUCUACACUAAUCCAGGAGAGUAUUUUGAGUCUUUUUUUUCAACAGUGAAGGUUUUUCCAUACAGAUGAAGAAACACUGAUACAACGUCCAACGUCUGUAAGGAGAUAACAACCUAAAGAAACAUGUCUGGAAGCUGGGGCUUGAAGGAGUAAACAGUGAGCAGCUCCAAUGGCGUUGCACAACCCAUUACUAAACCUAAAACCAAAAUGGCCACUUUUUGAAUACCAGACUAAGCUUUCAGCUAUUAUUUGCUCGCUAGCUGGGUUACAGGGACAGACAACAGUUGCAUUGACCCUCCUAUUCUUACUUUUUGCUGGUCUUGGUACAUCUGGUCCACUAGAGCCAGCGCGCCAGCCUCUGCUAUCUGGAAAACCUUUUAUCAUUUUCUGGGGCAUCUCUGACUCUUCCUGUUCUGUGAGGCCAGAUCUUGAAUCUUUUGGAAUGGAACGUGAGGGCCGUGUAGCAGUUUUUUAUGAGGACAUGCUGGGAAGCUAUCCGUAUUUUAUGGACAAAGACACAAGGGUCAAUGGGGGUCUACCUCAGCACACACGGCUUGAUAGCCAUCUUCAGAAAACACAGAUUGAUUUAAAUGCAGCUGUGCCCACACCCAGGUACCUCGGAUUAGGCAUACUGCGUUGGGCUGAGUGGUUCCCACAGUGGUUGAGAAAUAGAGAGAAGAAGGCCGUGUAUCAGGAGGCAUCAAGGAACUUGCUGAAGGCAUUCUUCCCUGAAUGGACUCCAGAGGAGGUGGAAAAGUGGUCACAGGUGGACUUUGAAGCAGCAGCCCAGUCAGUAAUGAUGGAAACCCUGCGGGAGAUCAAACAGCUGCGUCCUAAAGCAUUAUGGGGCAUAUCCCCAUACCCAAGCUGCUUCUAUGGUGAUUCUGACCAACCUGAGAUAGCAAAUGACAGUGGCCAGUGCCCCCCUGCUGAAAUGGCCCUUAAUGAUGAGCUUUUGUGGCUGUGGAAGCAAUGCUCUGCCCUCUACCCUCUGCUCACGCUGGAGAAGCUACAGGGCGGAACUUCUGCAGGAAAGCUUUAUUUAUCCAGUCAAAUCCAGGAAGCACUGCGAGUGUCCUCUUUGACCGGACUGGCCUUCGAUCUGCCUGUGUUCCCACUGGUCAACAGUGUAUAUGCCUCCACGAACACUUUUCUGUCUCAGGCAGACCUGGUCAGCAGUAUUGGUGAGAGCGCUGCCAUGGGAACUGCCGGAGUGAUCAUCUGGCAAAGAAGUGAGACUAAGACAGAGAGAGAAUGUCAGGACCUGGCAGAAUUCAUCCGCAAGGUCUUGGGACCUUACUCCAUUAACAUAACCACAGCAACCAGACUCUGCUCAACCGCACUUUGUGAGGGUAAAGGCAGAUGUGUCCGUCAGAAUCCAAACAGCUCCACCUUCCUCCACCUUCCACCUACACCUGAAGUGAUGAAGGGCGAAGCCAACAAAGCUACAGAUGAGCCCGAACCAGAUGCAAAGGCAACUGUCCCUGAUCCAGCUGAAAUAUGGAAAAAAGACUUUCAGUGUCAGUGGUACAAGACUACAAAUCAGGAUGUCUCAGAUCAGCAGUCCGACAAAGAUGGAGAAUCUAUCAGUAGGACAUAUGGGCAACUUUCUGGGGAUUUAGGAGGGAUUUCAGCAACCUUUACAACUAAUUCCAUCUCAAAAUUCGCCUCUACAGAUAAACAGAAUGGAAGCGCUCCAGCACCUAUGGCUUUGAACUUUUGUACCAUUUUACUGUCGUUUGUGUCAACUAGUCUUUUUGUAAAUUGAAACAAGCUUUAGCAGAGGACUCCACUCAUGUGCCUUACACUUACUUACUUAUACAGUGGACAUGUCAUGUAUGUCUGCUUAAAACUUUCUCAGGACGUUCCAAUGCACAGGAGUAUUGUACCACGUCACUUUUUCACUUACGGUGGUAAACCGGUAUAUGAGUAACCUUAACAAAAAUGAAAAAAAGACCAUCAUCUCACUAAUGAAAGAAAUUCACACCUUAAAUAUAUUUGGUUUAACUUAUGUUGAUUUGUAAUUUUUGUUUUCUGCAAUGAUUGGAAAUAAACGUUGUGCAAAACCAGAGUAGGAUGAACUGUUUAUUAGGCACACCUUUUACAGAUGUCCCAAUGCUGAUUUCUUUUUUUUUUUUAACUUCCGAACAGAUUUUUUUCAAGAUGCCAAUACCGAUCCGAUAAAUAUAUUUUUUAGAGCCGUUAAAGUAAUGCAAAAAAAUAAAUAAAAUCAUUUUUGGGGGGAGAAUAUAAUGAGCUCUGCUUUUACCUCCUCAAGAAUAUUACAUGAUGCUCUGUUACUUUUAUUAGUUUCUAAAGAGCAGUACUCUCACUUAGCGGACAUACUUGCCUAUUGGUUUGAUUUACAGCAGCCGAAAAAAACGAUGGUACUGAAACCGACGGCUACUGGAUCCGAUACUGAGUAUCGGGUCGAGACAUCCCAAACAUCUAUCCAACUGGCCAAAACACACAUUUAGAAUCAGCCAA